CCCCGCUCCCUGGCGUGUCCAUCCACCGUCGCGCGGCUCCCCAGGCGUCCCCGCCCGUCCCCGGCCGCCGCCGCCCAAGCGCCGCCGGUCCCCGUCCCCGACCGCGGCCGCCGAGGCGCAGGCGCGGCGCCUCCCUUUUCCCGGCCGCGGCCGCCGGCGCUGCUCGGCCCCGGCCGCGGCCGCCCGACCGCCGGUUCCAGGCCCCAUCCCCGCCCGUGGCUGGUCCUGCUCCGUCGCUCCCUGCCCAGCGCCGCCGCUCCUCGCGCGCGACCGGCUGCGCCGCCGCUCCCCUCCUUUAGAAAGAAAAAGAUAAAGAAAUCUCUCUUGACUCCGCGGCCGUUGGGCUUAUUUUGGGGAGAACAAGUAAUUUACUUGCUGCCACACUACCGCUACUCUGGACAGAACCAGAAAAGCCCACCUCGCUUCCUCUCCGUUUUCGUUUCCCAUCCCUUGUUCCUGCUGUUUCUCCGCCUCUUCGCCUCUUCGUCUUCGGGCUCCUCCGUUCCCCACCCACCCUCCCAACGAGCUCCUUCCCUUGUGCCCUCGGCGCCGCGCCAUGAGCCUCGCUGAGGCGCCGUCGCCGUCCCCAUCGUCGUCGAGCGGAAGCGACGACUUCGCCGCCCUCCUCGACGCCGAGCUCGAGCUCGCCUCCGGCGCCGACUCCGCCUUCCCCGGCGACCCCUCCUCCGCCUCGCUCACCACCGACGACGAGGGCGAGGAGGAGGAUUCAGAGGAGGAGGUGGAAGUUGAAGUACCAGAACAGAACGGUGCUAAAAGGCGUAGAGUGGAGGAACAACGCCAAGAUCAAGGAAUAUCAAUUAGGCCUGACAAAAUUGCCACUGGUCCAUCUAAAAACGUUGAAGUUAAGUUAUGUCCACAUCCUGGAUAUUUUGGUGGACUUUGCUUUAGAUGUGGCAAGCCACAAGAUGAGGAAGAUGUUUCAGGAGUUGCUUUUGGUUACAUCCACAAGGGCUUGAGGCUAGGUACUUCAGAAAUCGACAGAUUACGUGGCGCUGAUUUGAAGAAUCUGCUGCGUGAAAGAAAAUUAGUGCUUAUUUUAGACCUGGAUCAUACACUGAUCAACUCAACCAAACUCCAAGAUAUUUCUUCUGCUGAAAAUGAGUUGGGUAUUCGGACAGCUGCUCUAAAAGAUGAUCCGGACAGAAGCAUCUUCACGCUAGAUUCAAUGCAGAUGCUGACAAAGUUGAGACCAUUUGUCCGUAAAUUUUUGAAAGAAGCAAGCAAUAUGUUUGAAAUGUAUAUAUACACCAUGGGUGACAAAGCUUAUGCAAUUGAAAUAGCAAAGCUUCUUGACCCUACUAAUGUCUAUUUUCCUUCAAAAGUGAUUUCGAACUCGGAUUGCACUCAGCGACAUCAGAAAGGUCUUGAUGUGAUUCUUGGGGCUGAAAGUGUUGCCGUGAUUCUUGAUGACACUGAAUAUGUCUGGCAGAAUCAUAAAGAAAAUCUAAUUCUGAUGGAGAGAUAUCAUUACUUUGCUUCAAGCUGCCGCCAAUUUGGUUUUGGUGUUAGAUCUUUGUCGGAGUCUAUGCAAGAUGAAAGGGAGAUUGAUGGUGCUUUGGCUACAGUUUUAGAUGUCUUGAAGCGCAUACAUGCGAUUUUCUUUGACACGGCUGCUGAAACUGAUCUUUCUUUACAGGAUGUAAGACAGGUGAUCAAGACGGUACGGAAAGAAGUACUGAAAGGCUGCAAACUAGUCUUCAGUCGGGUGUUCCCGAACAACGCUCACCCACAGGAGCAGAUGAUGUGGAAGAUGGCCGAGCAUCUGGGUGCCGUUUGCUCCACAGACGUGGAUUCCACAGUGACCCAUGUCGUGGCUGUGGAUCUGGGAACAGAGAAGGCCCGCUGGGCUGUAGGCAACAAGAAGUUUUUGGUCCACCCGCGCUGGAUUGAAGCCGCCAAUUUCCGAUGGCACCGACAACCGGAGGAAGAUUUUCCUGUCCUUCCACCGAAGGAAAAGAGCAGAGAUAAAGUGAAUGCUGUGACUGGCCAGAAGGAAACGAGCAAAGAUAAAGAAGAAAAUGCUGUAGCUGGCGAGAAGGAAACGAGCAACGAUAGGAAAGAAAAUGACGUAGCUGGCCAGAAUGAAACGAGCAAUGAUCAAGAUGGAAAUGAUGUAGACGGCCAGAAGAAGGAUGACACCAAAGAAAACGCUGUGGCAACUACUGCUACAGGUCCUGCUGACUUGUAAGCUCUGUAGGGUUCGAAAGGUGUCUGACAUACAGUGUAGGCGUGUGCAGGUUUGUGGGGACGGACCGCGGAGAUUGCUUUUGUUACCCGCUCGUGCAGGUCCAGGAUGUUAAAACUGGUCCACACGAAAUUUUGCUGCUGACCUGAGAUACUGAUUGGGCCUCCGGCCAUAUGACUUUUGGUAUGAUGACACUACAGAAGUUUAAGGAAAUUGAUGUGGUUACUAGAACAUUACUGAUCUCUGGCAUGGUGUCCAACUUGGUUUUGAAAACCUGCUUUACAUUUACUUAGUUUAUCAGUGACAAGCCCACCUAGCAUGGUCGAAGUAGGCUUGUAAAACAGUGUUCCACAAUCAUGCCGUUCUGCUUUUCUUGUGAUAUAUCUGAAAUGACUGGAUUUGUGCACAAGGUGCCAAACUUCGGCUGGAAAGUUGCUUCACCUGUUCUUAGUUCAUCUGCCACCAGCCACCUAGCAGACUUGUAAAAUGGUGCUCAGCAUUCUUGUAGUUCUGCUUUUCUUCUGACAUCUAUGAGAUACAUGGAAUUUGUGGUGUAUUCUCUUUGUUUUAUCUGUUACAUUGUGGACUAAGUCAGCCUAGCAGUAUGCUUUCCUUUUACACUUGUCUUACUGUCAUUAAAUCAUGACUGUCCUUUUUUCUGCUCUGAGAUCUUUGUGUUUCUUAAUUGCGAUGUUCGUCCUAGGAAUUCCAUCAUCACAUGACCUGUUUUAUGAUCAUUCAUUGAUGGAUGAUGAUGAGGGCACUGGACUUUUUGAAUGGGAAAGGCACCCACCAAGUAAGAAAAUCUUCAACUCAAAUGGCACUUUUGAUGCUUCUGCUUGGUCUUUCGACACUGUAGAUGAUUCAGAGAAAAGGAAGAGCCCAAUAAGGAUUUGGAGAAUCUACUUGUAUCUGUUGAAGAAUCAUGCUUGUCUGCUGCAGCAAUGAAGAAACCAUCACCAUCAGUAAAGAAUGAGAUGAACCAGAAGGAUGAGUUUCAUAUAAGCUUGGAUAAGCUAGAUAUUCCAGAUAUGGAUGCACAUCUUCAUGGGAGGUCACUAUUUAACAAUCCAGAAAAGGUGGGUAGAAAAGGAACAGCAGAUCAGAAGAUAUUUGGAACAAAUUAUUGUCCAGAAAGUGUUACUGAGCGGCCAAGAACUCAAGAGCUGAGCUGCCGUUUAUCACUUAACGAGAAAUUUUCCAAUUGGGGUAUCCAUGUUAGUAAUGACACUUUUCGGGGCGAUCUUGAGUUUAGUGGUCUACUUGCUAGAAAAAGCAGUGGUGGUAAGAAUGAAGUCAAGAUUGAGGCGUCUGAGAAAGGCUGUUGACAGAAACACAUCGGAUCUCUGCAGAUCACAAAAAUGAGAUGAAUGGAACUGAAACAAGUUCUAAUGGCUCAGAAGUGUCCAAUUGUUCUGAAGCGCAGAAGGAAACUUCAGCAGCAGCAACACAAAUUCCUGCGAACUUAAGCUGUCUUCAGGAAACCUCAGCAGAAUCGUUCCAAGUUCAAACUCAUGUUAGACCUGUAACAGGAGAAAAGCUAGACAAUCCUGGCGUUGACUUCAAAGCUCCAAUGCAUUCGAGAAGCAAGAUUCAUGAUGUUGGAGAUCAUUCUAAACUAAAUGCAAUGUUCCAAUCUCCUUUCAUUGGAGAGGAGGUGGGGAUUGAGAAGAAGAUCAUAGCAAGUGUGUCACCAGACAACAGUGAUGUUCAGUAUCAGUUUAUGCUUGAACAACGUGUUCUCCAGCGGCUUUGUGUUCAGAAGAUACUGGUGCCUACACCAAUGAAGGACAAGCUAGAAAAGGAUACACGAUUUAGGAUAGUGGAAGAUGGACCUCAUGCCCUUCCGAAAAGCGUCUAACAGGGGGAGGAAAUGAUGAUGUAGGGGAGGAAGGAACUCAUUUGACUCCCGUAAAUGCAGGAUCAAGCACCUACAUGUGCCUUAUGGGCUCCUUUUUAAGUGCACCUCACUCUUUGAUAAUGUCUGUUUGAAAAUAAUAAUGUUUCCUUCACCCAUCAGUUUCGUAGUGUUGGUUUUCACCACAAGCUCGACUCAUCGUACACCUGUGGACUUGAGAUCUGUGAAUUUAUGUCUGUUAGUAACUCUGGGAGGGUUGUCUGAUGUUAUACAGUGUUAAUGUAUUAGAUUUCUGAACAUUAAGUAAAGUUCCUCGGAAGCUACAGAAAUGUAGCCUAUUCGAUUUUGCAAGCAAAAUGUACCAGAGAUUUUCUAUUCUGAACUUCAACUCUCACACUGGCAGAUCCCCCAGUGGAAACCUUCUUUCCCCCUGAAAUGUGGACACUAUUGAAUUGGUAUUGUAAAGACAAAAUCAGAUCAAUGUCUGUUUUGAACCUCGACAUCAGAUCAGUCUAUUUGAUUAUGGCACAAUUCUAGGUGAAGGUCUGCGACAGUGUAUGCAAACAAUUGUAGCUUUACCUGCUUCAGGUACUGGCUCCCAGUUGAACUACAUUAUCUUUUAGUAAUCGCAAACGGACUCUUGUGACUUCAA